AUGGAGAGACUGAAGCUAAACACCAAAUGGUUCUCUACAGUAGCGAGCAUAUGGAUUCAGUGCACCAGCGGUUCCCUCUAUACCUUCUCCAUCUAUUCUCCAAUUCUCAAAUCCACUCAAGCCUACGACCAAUCAACACUCGACACGGUAUCUGUUUUUAAGGAUAUCGGUGCCAACUGCGGUGUCCUCUCUGGUGUUCUCUACACCUCCGCCACGUCCUGUAACCAAACCAGAAUUCGUGGCGGGCCAUGGGUUGUUGUCAUGCUUGGCGCGAUUCAGUGUUUCACGGGCUAUUUUUUUAUGUGGGCAGCUGUUACUGGUUUAAUCCCUCGACCGCCGGUUGCGGUCAUGUGUCUGUUCAUGUUUGUAGCAGCACAUGCCCAGACUUUCUUUAACACCUCUGAUGUUGUCACCUCUGUACGGAAUUUCCCUCACUAUAGUGGCACUGCCGUCGGCAUCAUGAAGGGAUUUCUUGGUUUGAGUGGAGCAAUACUAAUUCAAGUAUAUCAAACAAUUUUCAACAACGAACCCAGCUGGUAUCUUUUGAUGUUGGCACUUUUGACUAGUAUCAACCCUUUGUUGCUGAUGUGGUUUGUGAGAAUCCACGAGGUUGAUGAAGGGGAUAUUGAGAAGAAAUAUCUUGAUGGUUUGUCGAUGGUUGCCUUGAUUGUGGCAGCUUAUCUUGUGAGUGUUAUAAUACUGGAAGAAUUAUUUAGUUUCCAAUUGUUAGUGCGUCUAAUAUCCUUUGUCAUGCUCAUGGUGCUGCUUCUUUCGCCUCUUUUCGUUGCAAUCAAAGCUUCCAAAAAGACUACUCGUGUAAUGGAUGAGUCUGAGCUUGCAAGAGAAGAUCCUAUUGAUUACCAUCGGUUGCCUAAUGACAAUGAAGGUGAUGUGGAUACCAAUGAACAAGACCUGAAUCUUUCGCAAGCUAUGCGUACCGUGGAUUUCUGGAUUUUGUUUCUUGCCGUGGCUUGUGGUAUGGGUUCAGGACUAGCCACUGUAAAUAAUAUAAGCCAAGUAGGAGGAUCUCUUGGUUACGCCAGGUUUGAGACUAAUACCUUGGUUUCUUUGUGGAGCAUUUGGAAUUUUCUUGGCCGAUUUGGAGCAGGGUACAUUAGUGACUAUUUCUUACGCGUGAGAGGAUGGGCAAGGCCAUUGUUCAUGGCCAUCACCCUUGCAGGCAUGAGUAUUGGUCAUGUGGUGAUUGCUUCUGGUUUACCUGGCGCUCUCUAUGUUGGCUCAGUAUUGUUGGGUGUGUGUUACGGUUCUCAGUGGUCACUAUUGCCCACAAUUACUUGUGAGAUAUUUGGUGUACAACACAUGGGCACCAUAUUCAAUACCAUUACUAUUGCAAAUCCAGUUGGAUCUUUUUUAUUCUCUGUUGAAGUGAUUGGGCAUAUAUAUGACAAGGAAGCAUCAGGGGCAGGGAACAAGUGCAAAGGAACUCAUUGCUUCAUGUUUUCUUUUCUAAUCAUGGCAUGUGCUACUCUUUUGGGAUCUUUUGCUGCUAUGGGAUUGUUCUUGCGGACAAAAAGUUAUUAUAGUCAGGUUAUUGUCAGAAGGUUACAACGCAAAGGACGGGUUAAAGUAUGA